AUGGGUCUUGUGAUUGAGGAGAAAUUGGAGGGUGUGGAUGAGGAAUGCUUUCUAGUGUGCCUUGUCAACACCAACCUUUUGUUACAUGCUAACCAAGAUACUAGCACUUUGCCUAGUAUUAUUUCUUCUCUUUUGCAGGGCUAUGAUGAGCUAUUUCCAGAUGAGAUGCCCGCUGGAUUACCACCCUUGAGGGGAAUCGAGCACCAAAUAGAUUUUAUACCGGGUUCACAAAUCCCCAAUCAUCCAGCUUAUAUGAGUAACCCGGCAGAAACCAAAGAGCUAUCAAGGCAAGUGGAAGAGCUUCUUGAGAGGGGGUUGAUCAAAGAAAGCCUAAGUCCUUGUGUCAUACCGGUAAUUCUUGUUCCUAAAAAGGAUGGCACUUGGAGAAUGUGUAUUGAUUGUAGAGCCGUAAAUAAGAUCACGGUGAAGUAUCGACAUCCCAUUCCUCGACUUGAUGAGAUGCUUGAUAAGCUAUGUGGUUCUAUUAUUUUCUCCAAGAUUGACCUUCGAAGUGGGUAUCAUCAAAUUCGUAUGAAAUCGGGUGAUGAGUGGAAGGCGGCCUUCAAGACAAAGUUUGGGCUGUAUGAAUGGCUUGUGAUGCCAUUUGGAUUGACGAAUGCCCCAAGCACUUUCAUGAGAUUGAUGAACCAUGUUCUCAAACCCUUCAUCGGUUUUGUGGUUAGUGCAAAUGGGAUUGAGGUUGAUGACGAGAAGGUGGAGUCCAUCAAGACUUGGCCGACCCCAACCAGUGGGCAAUCCAAGUUGAACCACCGACAUGCUAAGUGGGUUGAAUUCAUUGAAACCUUUCCAUAUGUGAUCAACUACAAGCAAGGCAAAGAAAAUGUGGUAGCGGAUGCUCUAUCACGAAGGUUUGUAUUGGUCAAUACCUUGGUUUCUAGAAUGAUGGGGUUUGAAAGCUUAAAGGGAUUCUAUUCUAUGGAUUCCGACUUCAAAGAUACCUUUGAUAAUCUUUGUCAAGGGAAGCGAGUUGAUAGGUACCAAUUGGUUGAUGGUUUCUUGUUCAAAGAUGGCCGAGCAUGUGUGCCCAUGAGCUCAUGGAGAGAGUUAUUUGUCAAGGAGGCUCAUAGUGGUGGUUUGAUGGGACACUUUGGGGUACCAAAAACACUUGAUAUUCUGAAGGAGCAGUUCUUUUGGCCCAAGAUGAAGCAUGAUGUGGAGAGGAUUUGUGGACAAUGUCUAAAAUGCAAGCAAGCCAAACCCACGACUAGGCCCCAAGGUGAUCCUUUGGAUUCGAGGACGAAUCAUUUUCAAGAAAGGGAGGAUGAUAACAUAGGCAGCAUGGAUGAUACUAACAUGAGUGGCAUAUACCCCUCAAGACCAUUCACACGGAAUCAAGCAAAUGAUCUCCAAGGCCUACAAGCAAUGUUCAUGAAAAGGGAAGCAUUAGAGGAGCUUGAAGGUCACCAAAGGAAAACAUACAAUGUGUGUAAGGUACAUCAAAAUGAGAAGGAAGAAGGAAAGAGGCCAUGUGUGGAAAUGACCAUUUCAUGA